CAAAUUUUGGCAACCGUGUUAUUAUUAACCUGUUCGUGUUCCAAGUUACUAGACUCGACAAAAGUCACCGGUUUGAUUGACUUUUUGUUUUGCGGGUUCUUUAAACAAAAUACAUCAAAACCUCUAUUUUAAUCCGUGCAUUCUACUUAUCACGUUUGAUUUUCUGUUGCGUACCGCCAUACCGGGUAUAUUUCCCAAAAAUUAGCGAUAAUUCGUUAAAGCAGUGUCGUGUAGCGUUUCUUUUGUAAGAAAAAAACCGCAUCAGAAUGUCUGACGAUUGGAACGAUAACGCUAGAUUUGUUAUUCCACAAGUCCAAACACAAGUUUUCACCAACAGCAACGACUAUGGACGUUCGAAUUGGCGCGACAGACCCCAACGUAAGUACCAAGACAAGAGUAAUCCAAGAGAAGACAGAAGAAAUGGUUACAGAGGUGGCGGUAAUCGGUUUGAUGGUAACCGUUUUGAUGGUAACCGGGCCCCCAGAAGGCCCAACGACGACGCCACCAUCAUUAAAGUACCCUCAAAAUUUGUCGGUCGAAUCAUUGGCAGGGGAGGAUCAAAAAUUAGCGAUCUUCAGUUUGAGUCAGGGGCCAGAAUUAACGUAACUAAAGACGUGGAAGGCGACGAGACGCUUAUCAGACUCAUUGGAGACGAUGAAGCCGUUUCUAAGGCCGAAAGUUUAAUACGAGAGUUGACCAUUGAAAGAGAUAACUUUGAGAAUCGAAGUGUACCUCUAGAGCAAAAGCCCCCUUUAGAAGAACCUACGUUUGUGGAACCCCCAAAACAAAUUAAUUGGAGAGCUGUCUUCGAGGAGUCCGAUGCGCAUGAAGCGGCUCAGUGGGCGUCUUUACCCCCAAUUAAAAAGGAGUUCUACAAUGAACAUCCCGAAGUGACAGCUAUGUCAGAUGAACAAGUGGCAACAUUCCGCGAGGAAAAUAACAACAUCGUUGUCGAAAGGACUUUCAAGUCGGCCACAAGCAAGCCAGUGCCAAAACCGGUGGUAACGUUCGAUCAAGCGUUUUAUCAGUACCCCGAGAUAUUGAAAGAAAUAGAAAAGGCAGGGUUUACUACACCUUCGCCAAUUCAGAGUCAAGCUUGGCCGGUUUUAUUGAGUGGUGAAGAUCUUAUUGGCAUUGCACAGACUGGCACUGGCAAAACAUUGGCAUUUCUGUUACCAGCUUUGGUACAUAUCGAUGGACAGUGUAUUACGAAGGUUGAGCGUAGAGGACCUGCUGUAUUGGUGAUGGCACCAACGAGGGAAUUGGCGUUACAGAUUGACAAGGAAGUGAAGAAAUACGAAUAUAAGGGAAUUACAGCGGUUUGCGUUUAUGGCGGUGGAAAUCGCAGAGAACAAAUCAAAGUAGUCACCGACGGUGUCGACAUCGUAAUUGCUACCCCCGGUCGAUUAAACGACCUCGUUGAAGCAGGUCACUUAAACGUCAAGUAUGUGACAUACGUGGUUUUGGAUGAGGCAGACCGCAUGCUGGAUAUGGGUUUUGAACCACAGAUACGCAAAGUGAUGUACAGUAUACGCCCCACCAGACAGACUGUGAUGACGAGUGCCACUUGGCCAAUGGGUGUGCGCCGCUUGGCACAGUCUUACAUGGUGGAUCCUAUUCAGGUCUAUGUCGGCACGCUAGAUUUAGCUGCUACUCACACAGUCACGCAGAUCAUUGAAAUAAUGCCCGACGAUGACGAGGCAAAAUUCUCUGCGUUCAUGGAAUUCGCUCACAAUUUGGAUCCGACAGAGAAGGUUAUAGUAUUCUGUGGCAAAAAAUCUCGUGCGGAUGAAUUAUCGUCAGAAUUGGUUCUGCAAGGAAUUCAGUGUCAAACAAUUCAUGGUGAUCGCGAACAGAGUGAUCGAGAGCAGGCUCUAAUUGAUAUAGCAGAUGGGACAGUACAAAUACUUAUAGCUACAGAUGUCGCUUCUCGUGGGUUGGAUAUAGACGAUAUUACAUACGUCAUUAACUACGACUUCCCGCGAAACAUUGAAGAAUACGUGCAUCGAGUCGGUCGAACCGGUAGGGCAGGAAAAUCUGGAAAGUCCAUAAGUUACGUAACCAGAGGCGAUUGGGCCCAAGCUAAAGAUCUGAUCGCUAUUUUGGAGGAAGCACAACAGUAUGUUCCCGAAGAAGUAUACAAGAUGGCCGAACGCUACACCGUGUGGAAAGAGAAGAAGGAUUCUUCGCGGCCAGCUGUCCGUGGAAGAGGUGGGGGAAGGAGAUGGUAGAUCAUUCCAUUUAACAAAGAAUCUCAGUAUUCCAGUAUUUUUGAUGACAUUAGCUGAUUAGAUUUUUUUUUAUUUGACACAUUAAAGUUUUCAUUAUGUCAA